CUCCCCUAUAAGAGAAAUUGUAACGUUACCAAUCUCCCUGCUACGUCAGUUGACGUUCGUGUGUAUGUCCAUAUAUGGAAAGAGGAGCUCGAUCCACCAUAUUAUGCAAUGUCGGGCCAUAAAAACAAUAGAUAAAGAAUAUCAAAUCUCUGGGUCAAAACGUGUAUUAAAAAAAUACACCUACGUAACACAAUUUUUAAAUGUGAUUUUCGUUGUUUUUUUUCCCCCCCGCUGCUAUGUUUUGCUCUGCUUGUUGUUUUUGACCAUAUAUGUUUCCCACGAGUAGUGGUAAUAACGCAGGGAAAAUGGUGAUCGAAAAGUUAAUAAUAGAUGGACAGACAACAGUUGUGGCACGGCAGUCAUUGCUUUGCAGGGAGGAGGCUUACUAAGCCAGGAAUUCAACAUCAGGAACAUGAGUCAAGAGGGGGGGAAGACGUCAGGAAUUUUGGAAGCACGAACAGUGUUUACUCUUUAUCAGUGGCCAUUUUAAGUUUUGUUUAAAAAAAAAAAAACACUACACGAGGUUAUUUUGCUACUGUUUUAAAAGUGUAGAUAGUUUUCUUCAUGUUGUUGUUGUUGUUGUUGUUGUUUUGGGUUGGAGGUGUGUGAGGGCGGGAUGGUCACUUUGUCGACAUCUAGCGGACGGAAAUUAGAACUGCAACACGGGGCUGAAGAACGUUAGAAUUUUUUUUUAGCAUUCCGGGAGAAAAUUAAAAGAUUUCACUAAGUUACUACAUCAAAUCGGGGAGUAUCCAAUGGAAUUAUUCAAUUCUAAACAUAAAGUAAACUAGCUUGCGAUGUAUUACACAUUUAUGACCUCAUUCGGCUUGCUGAUCCGCUCAGUUAAAAUUUUUCAUGUCAUUCAAAUGUGAAUUUUGUGUCAUUUAUGUUACAUUACAUGACUUAUGUAUGUCCUGCCCGCUUGGUGACGUUGGCUGGCACGAAUGAGAGUGGAACCCGAUGCUUUCAUGGCCCGAGGAGACAAUGCGGCGUAACAAUAGCUACGCCGGCUAAAGUUAGACGCGGCACAUCGCCACGCAGCUGAGAUUUUGCGAUAAGCUAUAAGCUAAAGACAAAAAUAAAAUAAAAGCUCCCCGGGGGAGUUAAGGAAGAGGCACAGACAUUGUGGUGUUUACAACAGCUGCACAUAACCAUAAGUAGCUAGCUAAUAGCAUUAGCCAACCAUUAGCCAGCAUUUUUUGCACUUUGGCCAACUCAUUAGAUUAAAUAACGACAUAUGGUACUACGCAUUACAAUAAGUAGACACGAGUGAUGGCGAAGAGGUAAAGUGUGAUGAUAAACAUAAACCCCAGAUGUAACUAUAUUUACUGUGACACGUGAAAUUCAGUUACAAUACAUUGCAGUCAUUACAAUGCUAACGUUGUUAAAAUGUAAAUUUGAUUAGUAGAUUGAAUGGUUCGAUUUGGGUUUACAGGACUGGCGGGAAAAGCGUUCCUGUUCCCUUUUAUCAUCAUCUGUCGAGAUUAGCGCUUUUACUUUUUGUUUUAUCGCGCAGCGCUGAACUUGUUUUUACACUUGAAAGUGGAGCUGAAUCUACUUUGACUGAUGUUGAGGUUCGAAACAAACGCUGUCGUUCACCUGCUUAUCAGGCGCCGGUUGCUUAUUGGACGGCGACCUGCGACCCCCGCGCAGUCCCCGCCUGGCUGGGCUAUAUUUAUCCCCGCCGUGGCCUUAAAAGGUUGCGGCUUCCACACGGACAUUCUGUCCAGGGGGGGCCUCAAAUUAUUUUGGUUGUGUGCACCGCGAUCUUUUCCACCUACCUACAGUACCUACCUUCCGCGCUUCCCUACUUGACAUAUUGUGGAAUUGUCCUGAGCAGGUGACUUGUAGCGGUGAGGGGGUAAGUGGCGACUGUCCCGUGGACGCAGAAAGGUGAGUUUCUCGUUCCGAGCGUGAAGCAUGUGAGAUGUCUGCCCGUAUACGACUGGACUGCUAAAUUAACAAUACAUGUUCGGCGUGGAGGAACAUGUUCUGAUAAAGCUCUCGAACGCUAACCCAGCAGGGGAAACAAAUCGGCAGGCACCGCCAAGCAUGUCCGGCUCGGUACCGUUCUACCGCAAGUACCGCCGCGGCUACGACCGGGGAUACCGGUACCAGUCGGGCGGCAGGUACGCUGCGAGCGCCAGCGGCGGCAGCGGUGGCACCAGAACCAGGGGGCUUGAUUGGUCCUCACAAUCUGGAUUGGACCCGCUGACGAAGGGAACUAAGCCCUCCUACUUAGCUGUGGACCGUGAGAACCAAAUCAUCGGCUACGUGGUGCCCAUCUUCAGGACCAGCCAAGAGUUUGCGGCGGGAUAUUCGGACAAGACAAAACUGCGGGACACUGCCGCCUAUAUGGAGAGCCGCGAUGUGUUCACCAGCGGUCUGGAGAUGGAACGGUCGGAGCAGAUCUCCAGGAAGGAGGCCAUGCGUGAAACGGCCCAGCGUAUCUCGUUUAAUAAAACGGUCCACGAACACGAGGAGCACUUCAAGCGCAUGAACGAAGACAGCCUGAUGCACGGCCCGGAGUUCAUCAUCAAGCCUCGCUCGCACACCGUGUGGGAGAAGCAGUGCGUGAGGCUCCACUGCACCAUCAGCGGCUGGCCAGACCCCCGAGUCGUUUGGUACAAAAAUAACGUGGCCAUCGACCCCCUUGCCAAUACCGGCAAGUACAAAAUCGAAAGCAAAUACAGCGUGCACUCACUGGAGAUCAACAGGUGCGAUUUUGAGGACACGGCCCAGUAUCGCGUCUCGGCCAUGAAUGUCAAGGGGGAGGCGUCGGCCUUCGCCUCGGUCGUCGUAAAAAGGUUUAAAGGGGAAGUGGACGAGUUCCUGCCCGCACCGAGACUGGGACCCGUGUCCGAGUAUGGCAUCACCUUCCAGACCCACAUGGUCGACAAGUUCGGCGUGUCCUUCGGCAGGGAGGGUGAGACGAUGAGCUUGGGGUGCACGGUCAUCAUCCACCCGGCUCUGGACCGCUACCAACCUGAAGUGCAGUGGUACAGAGACGGCGUUCUGCUGUCACCGUCCAAGUGGAACCACAUGCACUGGAGCGGUGACCGGGCCACACUAACCCUCACACACCUCAACAAAGAAGACGAAGGGCUCUACACACUCCGCGUCUCCACCAAGUCUGGAUCCAAAACCUACUCUGCCUACGUUUUUGUGAGAGAUGCUGACGCCGAGGUGGAAGGAGCGCCAGGGGCCCCCCUGGAUGUGUGCUGCCUUGAUGCCAACAAGGACUACAUCAUAGUCUCCUGGAAGCAGCCGGCAGUCGACGGUGGCGACUCAAUCCUGGGUUACUUUGUAGACAGGUGUGAGGUUGGGACAAGCCACUGGAUCCAGUGCAACGACACCCCUGUCAAGUUUGCCCGAUUCCCGGUCACCGGAUUGGUCGAAGGCCGUUCCUAUAUUUUCCGUGUGCGCGCCGUCAACAAGAGUGGCAUGAGCCGUCCUUCCCGGGUGUCCGAGCCCGUGGCCGCCAUGGACCCGGCUGACCGCGCCCGCAUGAGAGGUACCUCUGCUCCUUGGACUGGCCAGAUCAUCGUCACAGAGGAGGAACCUGCAGAGGGUAUUGUUCCUGGCAGACCUCGUGAACUGCAGGUGACAGAAGCAACCAAGAACUACUUGGUGCUCAGCUGGAAGCCCCCUGGCGAGAAAGGCCUGGAAGGUGUCAUGUACUAUGUGGAGAAGUGUGUCUCAGGCACAGACAGCUGGCAAAGGGUGAACACCGAGAUUCCGGUCAAGUCGCCUCGUUUCGCACUGUUUGACCUGGCCGAGGGAAACUCCUACAGCUUCCGCGUCCGUUGCUGCAACGCCGCCGGGGUCGGCGAACCAUCCGACCCCACUGAAGCCACCACGGUCGGCGACAAGCUCGACACUCCAUCUGCUCCGAGCAAAGUGGUCCCAACGAGGAACACGGACACGUCGGUGGUGGUUUCCUGGGAAGCGUCCCAUGAUGCCAAAGAGUUGGUGGGCUACUACAUCGAGGCCAGCAUCGUGGGCAGCAAUGUCUGGGAGCCGUGCAACAACAAACCCGUCAACGUGACCAGGUUUAUCUGUCACGGUCUGAUGACCGGAGAGAAGUAUGUGUUCAGGGUGAGGGCCGUGAACCCCGCAGGACUCAGUCAGUUCUCUCCGGAAUCAGAGCCUGUGGAGGUGAAGGCUGCGAUCGGGGGCGGCAUCCCUCAUGGUGUGUUGCCGGAGACGGGGCCGGGGGGUAACCAGGGUCAACUAACCGCGCACAGGCCACACUGGACGGGCGCGCAUGACACUGUCCAGAUCCUGGCUGACACAAAAAGCAAAGCUCAGGCCGACCCCGAGCUCCCCGUGAGGGGGCCCGGGGCGGCGGCGGCGGCGGUGGUGGCUAGCUCCGGCCCCUCGGACUGUAACAACAAAGGGUCAGAGAGGGGCUGCGCGAACCCGAUUGCGGCGAACGAGCCGCCCUCAGAGCCUCCGCCAGGCUUACUUUGUGAAGCACUUACUGACAUAGCAGCACACUUAGGCACGCCUUGCGCCGAGGGGCCAGCUGAAAAGACAGCCCGUAACCCCCCAGGGGUCAAGCAGGCAUGCGAGUUGUCAGUAGAUGCUUCUGCUAACCGGGAGCCGGCGGGGCCGGACGCACGGGCUGAAAAUGAAGCGUCGCCUGCGCCGCCAUUCGGCAUCAGCGUGCUGGAGUGCGUACGUGACUCCAUGGUGCUGACGUGGAAGCAGCCCACCUUCAUCGGAGGCGCCGAUAUCAGCGGGUACUUCGUGGACUACCGCGAGGUCGUCGAUGGCGUGGCGGGAGAGUGGCACGAGGCCAAUAUCAGAGCGGUCAGCGAGCGCGCCUACAGGGUGACCGACCUGAAGGAGAACAAGAAGUACCAGUUCCAGGUUCGGGCGGCAAACAUUGCGGGCGUCGGCAUCCCGUCCCUUCCGAGUGAAACGUUCCUGUGCGAAGAGUGGACCAUCGCGGUUCCAGGACCUCCUCACGAUCUGCAGCUGCGAGAGGUCCGAGCCGACUCCAUGGUGUUGCUUUGGAGACCUCCAGUGUACCAAGGGCGGAAUCCCGUCAACGGCUUCUACGUAGAUAUGAAGGAGGCCGAAGGCCCAGAGGAAGCUUGGAGAGGACUCAACACCAAGGCCUCGCAGAACACCUUCUUCAAGGUGAAGAACCUGAAGGAGGAAGGGACGUACGUAUUCCGCGUGCGAGCUCAGAACCAAGCCGGCGUGGGGAAGACCUCGGACAUCUCCGAGCCUGUCCAAGCCGUGACCAGGCCGGGCACCAAGGAGAUCGCGGUGGACGUGGACGAUGACGGCAUCAUCUCUCUCAACUUCGAAUGCGCCGACAUGACCCCUGACUCCAAAUUCGUGUGGUCCAAGAACUACGAGGACAUGGACGACUCGCCGCGCCUGACCGUGGAAAGCAAAGGGAACAAAUCCAAACUCACGUUCGAGUCCCCCGGAGAGGAAGACAUCGGUAUUUAUUCAUGCCUGGUCACCCACACCGAUGGCGCUUCAUCCAGCUACACCAUCUCACCCGAAGAGUUGAAGAGACUGCUGGAGAUCAGCCGUGAUCACAAGUUCCCCACUAUCCCGCUCAAGUCCGAUUUGGCCGUGGAGAUGCUGGAGAAGGGCAGAGUUCGCUUCUGGCUGCAGGCCGAGCAGAUUUCGGGGAACGCCAAAGUGGACUACGUGUUCAACGACAACGUGGUGACUCAAGGCGAGAAAUACAAGAUGAGCUUUGACAAGAACACGGGCGUGGUCGAGAUGAUCAUGGAGUCUCUGAUGCCGGAGGAUGAAGGCACCUUCACCUUCCAGAUGCAGGACGGAAAAGCCACCAACCAGUCCAGUUUGGUACUCAUAGGAGACGUGUUCAAGGAUCUGCAGAAGGAAUCGGAGUUCCAGAGGAAAGAAUGGUUCCGAAAACAAGGUCCUCACUUUAUUGAGUAUUUAGGCUAUGAGGUCACUCCAGAAUGUUGUGUGGUGCUGAAGUGUAAGGUGGGGAACAUCAAGAAAGAGACGUCGGCGGUCUGGUACAAGGACGGGCGGGAGAUCAAGGCGGACCAGAAUCUGGCCUUCACCGAGGGCGUCCUCAAACUGGAAAUUGCGCAGCCCGACCCCCCCGCCGGCUCUGCGGACGACCACCCCGUGAGGACGCUUAAAAUUUCCAAGAAGGACGCCGGCGUGUACGAAACGGUCUUGAAGGACGACCGGGGAAAAGACGCGUCCAAGUUAAAUCUGACGGACCAAUGUUUCAAGAACCUGAUGAACGAAGUCUUCAACUACAUCGCUAACUCGUCCACGCCGCUGAAGAUCACGAGCACGGACCAGGGAAUUCGCCUCUACACCUUCGUCAGCUACUACAACGACCUGCUGCCCGUCACGUGGCAUUACAAAGACUCGGCCGUCGCCUUCUCGGAGCGACUGAAGAGCGGCGUGGUGGGCGAUCAGCUGUGGCUGCAGAUCAGCGAGCCCACCGAGAAGGACAUGGGCAAGUACGCCAUCGAGUUCAACAUCAACGAGGGCGGGGGCGGCCUGAGGAGGACCGUGGAGCUGUCGGGUCAAGCCUAUGAGGACGCGUUGGCGGAAUUCAGGAGACUCAAAGCGGCCGCCAUUGCAGAAAAAUAUCGCGCCCGAGUGGCAGGAGGCCUCCCCGACGUGGUCACUAUCCAGGAGGGCAAGGCGCUCAACCUCACCUGCAACAUCUCGGGCGAUCCGCUGCCCCAGGUGACGUGGCUGAAGAACGACCGGGAGCUGACGUCCGACGGGCACUGCGUCCUCCGCCUGGAGUCGGGCAAGUUCGCCAGCUUCACCAUCACGGCGGUGAGCACGGCCGACACGGGCAAGUACAGCAUCCUGGUGAAGAACAAGCACGGCACGGAGAGCGCGGAAUUCACCUUGGAAGUGAUCGAGGGAACGCCCGACCUGGGCGUGACUUCGUACUGGACUGACGCCGAGGGUAAUGUGGUUUUUGGUUCCAACACCCCGGAGGACAAGAUGAAAACGGCCGUCACCGGGAUGAGAAAAGAAUCCGUGGCGGCAGCGGACAAGAUGGAUGACCUGAAGGAGAAUCCGCGAGAAAACAAACGAGUCACUGCUGAAAACGACGUUGGUGACCAAAUAGAUCGAACGGAUUCAGCUGAAGUACAAAACAAAGCUUAAAAACUAAAAAGACGGUGGCGCUUUCGGAUUCAAAUGACCCAACUCGGGCGUCUUUUCAAAAUAACGAGACGUCGUCGGUCUGAUUUUUUUUCAAGUUAUGGAUGCUAUGCUAGCAUUUAAAUCAAGUCCCAGCUAAAGCUAAAUUUUGUAUGGUUAGAAACCCAAACAACUUUGCCAAGGGAUGCCCCCACUAGCUUAAUGCUAACGUAAAAUGGGGAAGAAAAAAAAAACGUAGACUAGCAAGUAAGGAAUAUUUGAACACAAGUGGUGCGUCAACAUAUAUAGACAGACAAUUUGACUAAUCAUAGGUAUACCCUCCGAGAAGAAACGAUAACUAUUUCCGCAUUUUAUAGGCUAAUUAAACUCUUCUUCGUUUAUGUCUACUGGCUGUAUUAUAACGCCCGCUGGUGGCAAAGGGGGUUACGAUGAAUUUAUCACAAUGCCUGAAUGAUUUAGCUUGAUUAUGGUACUAUUAGAUCCUUGUAUAAAUUACAAUAUUACAGCGUGCCAUAUUGCUUAUUUACUACUUUUUUUGGAGGGGGGGGUUGCUGGAACGAAUUAAUAGAAUUUCCAUUCAUUUCAAAGGGAAAAGAUGAUUUAGAGUUACAAAGACUCACAUAUCAAGGCACUACUAUAUAAUCUUUUAUCAGGAGGUGCUGCAUAUUAUAUACGGUAGUCCAAUAUAAGAAAAAUACAUAUUUCCACGCAGCUCGUUCACUUUUUACACUUUGUUUCUCCUGGUUUGCUUUGUUGUGCAUCAUGUUUCUCUUUUUCACCACACCAA